AUGACAUCUAACCAACAAACAGGUUUAUCACCUGAUCGUGUUUGUGGAUCAUCGGGAUUUAAGGCUGACCAUGUCGAAUGCUCUAUUUGUCGCGAAAUACUAUGGAAACCAGUUGCAUGUCAAUCAUGCGAGAGGCCAUUCUGUUCAAUAUGUAUUAAUCAAUGGUUGGUCAACCAUCCCCAAGUCUGUCCAAACCGUUGUCAAGCAUACAAAGAACGAAAAUGUCCAGCACUUAUUGUCAAACUACUGUCCGAGCUAGAAAUUGCUUGCUUCUAUAAAUGUAAUGGUUGCAAAGAGGUACUUCAGACAUGAUUAUAUGUUCAACUUAAUGAUUAUAUUAUUUUUUCAUACAACGUCCUUCGAGCAGGGGCGUAACUACGGGGGGGGGGGGGGGGGGCGGGGGGGCACGGCCGCCCUGCGUGCGGGGGGU